AUUUCUAUGGACAUCAAGAAUUUCUCCGCGACACUGAGGAAUAUCUUGCAUGUGAUUAUUUUUCGUCUACGAAUUUAUUCAUGUGAUCAAGAAUAUCAACAAUAUCAAGACUGCAGAGAAGGAUCUUAACUGAAAACGUGUUGACAAUCGAUGAGUGUACAGACAUAAAAUAAUGAAAAUGCGAACGAUACUUUGAUUCAGCCUCCGCGGAAUAUCAUUACGAUGCAACAUUAUCUCAAGAAAUAUUGUAAAAAUUAAUCAAAAUCUGAUAAAGGACAACGAAUGUGUGGGAAUAACUCGAUAAGCGUUCAAGAAUUCAGAAAAUGACUUCUAUGUGUAGCAGUAGAAAAAGCCAUGCCGUGAUGAAUACCGACGGUUAUUUUCAUAGACCUAGCCCUUACGCUUAUCAAAACGACUAUUAUUUGAGACCAAGAUCUGCCUGGUCCAAGGUAUCGAUAGCACGGGCGAAUAGUAACGCUACAUGGAGAUUCAGUAGUGCCAUGUUAAUCAUAUCCUCUAUAUUAGUGUUGAUCGCUGUACUAGCAAUUGCUGGAUUAGCUUUAUGGAUGGGUGCUUUUCGAACAGAUUCUAAAAAUGGUGAGUUUUUAUAUUUGAGUUUUUAUAACGAUAUAAUAAGUCACUUAAUAUUUCAUAUCUCACGUUAUUUGAUUACAGCUAUUGCCGAAUUUUCGUGUAGCUUCAGAAUAAUUAGAGGCGAAAAGUACAAUCCCAUGUUAAAGCUGAGCACAAGCAUGGUUUUCCGAGAAAAAGAGCGCAAAUUUAAAAACAUUUUUGAGCUUCUAUUUAGAAGAAGCGUAUUGGGUUCAGCCUACAAGCGAACAACGAUAGAGAAAUUUGAGAAUGGAGGCUUGAAACUUUUCUUCAGAUUGUAUCUUGAUCGAAAAAAGAUACCACGUUCAAUCAUAAACAUUGAACACACUAUUGAGGAUAUUAUCGUCAAAGAAACAUAUUCAGUGUCAUCUUUGUUCAAAGAUAUGGAGUUAGAUCUCACGACCGUGUCGGUGAAAAGAAUAAAUAAGGAAGAAAGUGAGAAGAUAGGUAUCAUAAAUCAGAAACAGGAACAGCAAAAACACGCUAUGAUUACUAAAAACAAUCUACUACGACCAAACAGAAACAGCAGUUUAAUUACAAGUUCAAAGCCGAAAACACAUACUGUAAGACCAACUACGGUCGAUUCUAAUGAACCCGAUAUAGAUUUUAACAAUAUCCCAACUAUUAAAGGUACUUAUAGAGCAACGAAAGUUAAUAUUACUGCUUAUAAUUCAACUAAAAGAACAUCUGAGUCAAUACUAGAUAUCAAAGAUACUACUAGGAAAAUGCUUUCCCAUGAACAAAUCACAAGGUCGAACAAAACAUCCAAUUUUGUAAAAUAUUCGUCGACGGACAAACCUUCUACAGCUUUUACAAAAUCCAUGACAGUCAUGCUCAAUGAGGAGAAAUUAAACGAAAAACGGGAAGAUGAAAUAAAAACGUCGUUAAGGAUCACAACUACUCAAAGCAAUUUGGACAUUUUCAAAGAUUUUCAUAAUCCUGAUUUGGAAACUUCACCAUGGAAACCAAUCGUACCAUAUAUCAAUACAGAAGUUAAGUUGCUAUCUGACGUUGAUAUCAAAGAAACUAAUCGUACUGAAUUGAGCACACAGAAAAUUGUUUUAUUAGCAAGCGAUCCUCGCAAUAAUAUAAAACAGCUCGACAAUAAGACCAGUACGACACCUUCGGCAAUAUUAGGAUUACCGGAAUCUAUUAAUUUUCAUGACAUUAGUACCAUCGGCACAGACAUCACCGGCUUUCCACGAGACAGAAUUGUUCCAGAUUUGACAAUGUCUAAACCAGACGAUAAUGAAAAACCGGACAUCGAAGUAGCCGGACAGCUGCCUUCGGAAACAUAUAAUAUCAGGUUAAAAGUCUCAUCAGAAUACAAUGGCAACGACAAAAAAGCUUCCAGUACAAAGAUAUCGGAAAGUCUGAUAACUCGCAAUGUCUCCGAAAACAUUUCAAUAAAAGACGAUGCUUUAUUUCAAAAAAAGCAUAUAGAUUCAAACUUUACUGCAAAUAUGGAAGAGAAAUUUGAUAAUUUAUCGACGAUAGAACCUGACAAUAAUGAAUCACACCAUAGCGAAAAAAAUUCGAGUGAAUCACCUACACGCGGUAUUGGCGUAGCGGAGCCUUUAUCGGACACAGAAGUUGAACUAGAAAUAAAAAAUCGAGACAGUAGUAUCUUGACAUUAAGCGAAAAUGGAAAAUAUACAUUGCGGGACAGAAACGUCGAUGUUAAUUCGCAUCAACCAGUUUAUACUAGUUAUAAUACUCCUAAUCUGAAUGGAGGUGGUUUUAGGUCAAGCUUAAUCGAGAAUUUGGCAACUACAAAACCUUUCAGACACACAAUACCCGUUGAUAAAAUCACGCCCGCUGUAAAUUAUAAUGAUAACAUUUCUCUUCAUUACUCGGACGAUUUAUUAAUUUCAAAUGACGAGAUCGUUGCGGAAUCAAAUGUGUCCCAAGAUAAAAUUGUGACACCAUUGCUACCGGAUUCAGAAGAAAUUAUAAAAGUAGGAACAUUUGUUACAGAGCACGACGAUACUAUAGACCAGCUAUCAAAUUACGAACAAAUUAUGUCGACGGAGGCAAAUAUCGUACAAAACAAUGAACGCGAUGAUGAGUUGUCGCAUUUUAACACUACAGAGAGCUAUUCAGAUCCUAUCAGAAAAUUUGUCGCUGAAAAUUCAGGCGAUAAAAAAACCGUAUCGAGGAAUUCAACGUUUAUUGAAAUUGACAUUGUUGAGCCCGAUCAAUCAAAAGAAAAUACGGAGUCGUACGCGAAUGGUGCCACGACCAAUAAUGAUGAACUAAAGAAAGUUUAUAACGAUACUUUAAAAGCUUACGUCGUAAAAAGUUUCGUCACCCUGGCACCUGCCAAUAAAAACACAGAAAUUGAUAAAUCAAUGCAAUCGAGAUUAAAGAUCGACUCUACCGCUGAGGAAACGACUCCUUUGGAGCUAUUCGGAAUACGCAAUUAUACGCAUGAGAGAGAUAUAAUGAAUACCAAAUCCGCUGUUUCCGAACAUUUUUCUUCGCAGGAGAACCAGCCGGAUUCUAUGAGAUCUAACGAGAAGGAAUCUUCAAGGCAAAAGAACACUAUAAUCGAACAAAUAGUCGAAAUUGUGACUUCUAUCAGUACCAGAGUUUCGACAAAUAUCAAAAGUAAUCCAAUGGUCUCGAAAUUCAUUGCCACAAAUUCUACUAAUCCAAUUAUCCGUUCGGAGAAAAUUUCAGCAUCAAAUAAUGAAGCAGAUAAAUUAUUUGGACUCACUACCAAUACAACAGAAAAAGUACUCUCGUUAAUUCAAGAACGACCAUCUUUAUCUUCGAAGAACUUGAGGACAAUGCAAAUAUCAGAUAAAAAAACAUCUUCUGAAGAAAAUCAAAUUUUAUUAGAGAAGCUUAAGCAACUCGCCGAAAUUAGGACGGACGAUGAUUUUAUGCAAAUUAUGAGGAACAACUCAAAUUCUAACGUAAUGUUAAAACUUCAAGAUUUUAAUGCAUCGUCAGUGAAUAUUGAUGAGUUAAAAAAGAUCGCCAACGUUAUGACUGGAAACAAAACUUUAAAAAAUGUAAAUUUAGAAUUCACAUUGAGUCGCGAUGGUGUAGAAAUAUUUACAAAAGUACUAAAUAAGGUGGAAGACCAAACAGACGAGACGCUUACAACGAUCCAACCAAAUUUCAGCAAGACUUCUCCAAAUAAUAAUUAUGUAAGAACGCAAAUGGCGGACGAGAACGAGGAUCAGUGGUUGUAUGGGGAUUCCACCGACGGAAAGGAAUAUUCCAAUAUACAAUCGGAGAUUGAACAAAAUGAUUCGACAAAAACUCAAGAGAAAUCUCAAAUUCAAGAAGAUUGUAAAGUGGAGGGAAUUAAUGAAAUGUCAUCCGACAUACAGGAGGGUAUUGGUUCCCCUGUUGAUGGCGGUGAAGAAUCUUCUUCAUUGAAUAAUGUACAGGAAGAGAAUAAUAUGGAUACAAAUAAGAAUGGGACUAGAGAAGCUUCUAGCCAAGAGGACGGCGAAGCGGCCACCGACUCCGACUCUGAUGAUGAUGUACAUGUCGUAAUUGGCGAUAUCAAAUCGACACCGGCAUAUGGUAGCUUAAAUAUCAAAAGAGGAGGAUUACUUACCAAUGCAUCUGGUGUACCAGAUAAAUUGAGCAAACAGCCGGGAAAGUUCAGUAUAGAUGAGUUUGAGACUAUUGGAGUUAUUAAUGGGAUACCAGCUCAUGAAUAUAAUUUAGAUCAAUUAGAAGAUAAACCAUGGAGACAACCUGGUGCAGAUAUCACAGAUUACUUCAACUAUGGCUUUAAUGAGGAGACUUGGAGGGCGUAUUGCGAACGUCAAAAACGGAUGCGAAGCGAGUCAGGAGUGGGAUUGAUCUUGAAUGCGGGAGGUGGCGGUGGUAAUCCUGGCAGUAUGAGAAUACCUCAAGUGGCGAUAACCAAUGAUAAUAGUAAAUAUUCUGGUAUUAUGGGUCCUAAGAGGGCAGGCCCACCGCCAGGGCGAAAGAUGGCAGGGACUAUAGACGUUAUUGGAAGUUCUGGUUUAGCUUCCCGAAGGAAUCUGGAUAAAUCCCCGCCGAAAGGAAAUGUUAUACAAGUCAUGACCGCCGAUAGGAGAGAAUAUUCUAGAAAACCAGGUUUUCCCGACAUGAGCGUACCACCUCCUGGAGCAGGAAUCCCGCCGCCAUUCGAUAUGCCUCCGCCGGGAUACGCCGGAGAACCGACGCCGUUCUAUAUGCCAGAAGCUGAUCCAUAUUAUCAAAGUUAUGAACCCACGCAGGACAACCAGUGGGGUAAUGAUCCGACAUGGCAGCCGACAAAUCUGGCAAUCCCAAUGACCGAAGGUGAAGAUGAUAAAGAUAUGGGACCUAAGACCAUACCUACUAUGGUUCCACCAACAUCCAUUCCCCCUUUGAUGCAGCCGCGCGAUCAGCGAGAUCGGGAACGAGACAGGGACAGGGAUAGAGAUCGAGAAUUGGAUUCUAUGGGCAGAGACAGAGAGAGGGACAAGGAUAGAGAUCGUGAUCGCGAUAGAGAGAAAGAUUCAAUGAUGAGGGACCGUGAUAGAGACAGAGACUCAAUGACGCGAGAUGAGGAUCGAGAACGUGAUAGGUCCAGAUCCCAGUAUCGUCAUAAAGAUCGGCAUCGGCAUCGAUCGAGGUCGCGGUCUCGUAGACACAAAUCUAGAUCACGAAGUCCGAGCCGACGUAAGAAGAAAUCCAGACGCUCGGAUAGGGAACGUUCUAAGGAAGAAAGCGAAUAAAUAUGUGUAUACAUGUAAUCUUGUGUUAAUUUACAAUGUCACUUACAGAAUGCAUUACAUUAGAAUUAAGUAAUCAUUUAUCAUAAAAUGAAAUAAUAUUUCAACUAUUGUCACAGAAAAUACAAGCAUCAGUACAAUCGUGCGAAGCUAAUUAUAAGAUAAGCAGAAAAAUAUGUACAACCGCUCGCAAAAGUGUUACAAAUGAUAAUUUUUGACACAGAUAAGUUAUUAAUGGAAACAAUAAAAUUAACUGUUGAACUUGUAGAUUGAAGA